AUGACAGCAGGGCCAGAAAUUGAACUCCCCCAGCUGUCAUCCAUGGCUACAGUCACUUUCAACUAUGACUAUUACUAUGAUGACCAGUGCCAGUACCAGCACCUGCAACAUAUGUCUACUUUCCUCCCUAUCCUUUAUAGUGCCGUGUUCCUCGUGGGCAUUGUUGGCAACUCAAUCCUGAUAGCAGCCUUGGUCUUCAAGCGACGGGUCCAGAGGCUGAUUGACGUCUUUAUCAUCAACCUCGCUGCAUCUGACUUCAUCUUCCUCAUCACACUGCCUUUCUGGGUGGACAUGGAGGUGUCGGACGAGAGCUGGAGGGUAGGAUCUUUCCUCUGCAAAGCUAGUUCCUAUGUCAUCUCAGUGAACAUGUACUGCAGCAUCCUGCUCCUCACCUGUAUGAGUGCUGACCGGUACCUCGCUAUCAUGCACCCCUCUAUCGCACGACGGAUCAGGACAAGAUCCUAUUCCACUGCACUCUGUAUCUGUGUCUGGUUACUAUCCUUCUGCUUAGGGAUGCCAACCCUUUUGUACAGAGAACUGAAGAAGCAAUAUGGAAAGACUUACUGCACAGACAAAUCCGUGACAGAAGUCAAACAGAUCAUGUCACUGAUGCUUUUAGUCCUGGCCUUCUUCUUCCCACUGUUGAGUAUCUUAACCUUUUACUGCUCCAUUACCAAGAGACUCUGUGUGCACUAUCAGAAGGCUGGGAAACGUGAUAAGAAACUGAGAAAAUCCAUCAAGAUCGUCUUCAUUGUAGUGGCAGCUUUUGUUAUCUCCUGGGUUCCUUACAAUCUUUUCAAGCUUAUGGCCAUCCUUUUGCGACUCCUAAAGCAGCCUGACUGUUUCUCUGGCAGGGUUGCCCAGCUGGGCAUAAAGGUGAGCAGCCCUUUUGCUUUUGCCAAUAGCUGUGCCAACCCUUUCAUUUACUUUUGCUUUGACAACUACAUCCGCAGAGCCAUGCUCCAGUGCCUGUGCCCACGGGUGAAAAUCAGCAGCAACAACUCUGAUACCCUGGACACCCACCUGAGCCAUUCCUUAUCCAAUUUUGUGGCAGGGGAGUAUGCCACCAGGAAGAGGAAGCGCUCUGUGUCCCUCUGA